AUGAAAAGAAUCUUUUCACCAGGUCGUUCCAAUAACGGGUCGCCAAAGAAUAGGUCUAGAUCCAACUCUUCUCAGCAACAACAACAACAACUUCCACAACCAAGUGCUAUUCCAACAGAUGAAAUCAGUCCUGAAUUAUUACCAAUUGUUACCUUAUUAAGCGCUCAAGCUCAUCGUCGUUAUAAUGAAGGUAUCUUUAUGCUUUUACAAAGUAUCAACUCUGAUGGUGAACCAGUUCCUAAUCGUCAAUGGAGAGAAGUUUAUGGUGUGUUAUUAGGUACUCAAUUAGCUGUCUGGGAUGUUGAUCAAUUAGAAAAACAUCAAAAUAAUACUGAAGCUUUAAUGAAUGCUAGUGCUAAACCUGAUUAUAUUAAUUUUACAGAUUCUUCAUUUAGAGCUGUUGAUAGAUUAGAAAAUUCUCAAGGUUUAAAAAAUAUUAUUAUUGUUUCAACAACUUUGAAAAAUCAAUAUUUAUUACAAUAUCAAGAACCAAAAGAUUUUCAUCGUUGGAAUGCUGCUUUUAGAUUAGCAACUUUUGAAUAUACUUCAUUACAAGAAGCUUAUACCGGUGCUCUUUUAUCAGCAAGAGGUUCAAAACUUUCAGAUAUUAGAACAAUUUUAUCAGAAUCUAAAUUUGAUUAUGAAGAUUGGGUUAGUGUUAGAUUUGGUUCUGGUAUGCCGUGGAAAAGAUGUUUUGCAGUUAUUGAACAACCAAAUAAAAAAUCUAAAAAGGAUAAAAUUUAUAAAGGUUCUGUUUCUUUUUAUAAAGAUGAAAAAAAGCAAAAAAAAACUGCAAUGGCAAUUAUUAAAGAUUCAAGUGCAACUUAUGCACUUUAUCCACAAUCUCAUAAAUUAGUUGAUCAUAGUACAAUGAUUAAAUUAGAAGGUACUGUAUUUUUCGAUGGUAAUAAAAAAUCAUUACCAAAAGAAGCUUCUGUUUAUUUUAUGCCUGAACAACAUAGUGCAGUUCCAGGUUAUGAUACUUUAAUUAGAUUUUUGGUUCCAUUAAUGGAUACAUUUGCUCUUUAUGGUAGACCAAAAAGAUUAAAUGCAAAUAAAAAUGAUUUAAAUUCAUUAUUAUUUGGUUUACCAGUUUUACCUCAUGUUCAUUAUUUAGAAGUUGAUGAUAUCUUAGCAUUAGCAAGUUCUCCACAAUCUUCAAAUUGGUUAUUAACUGAAUGGAGAUUUAGAAUUAAAGAAAUUAUGGCAAGAAAAUUAUCAAGUGGUUAUACAGGUUGUGGUUCUCAACAUGGUGUUCAAGGUGCUAUAAAUUCACCAGGAUUAAAUCAAAAUGAAUUUUUAGAUGUUAAACCAGGAAUUAAUAGACCAACAUCUCCAUUAUCACCAAGUUUCUUACCUCAACCAAAAUUUAAAAGAGAUUCUCAUCAUUCAAAAGCAAGUUCAAUUAAUUCAUCUGGUGGUGAAUUAAGUGUUCCUGGAUCUCCACCUAAAGCUAAUAGAAAUUCUGAAAUUACACAAAUUUAUGAAGAUUAUUCAAAUGUUGCUCAAAUGGGUAGAUAUAAUCAAGAUCAAAUUUCUCAAGAUUCAAGACAACAAAUUCCUCCACAAGCAAAAUUACAACAAUUACAAAAUUCAAAUUUACCAUAUGGUCAACAACAAAGAUCAAAUUUACCAUCAUCACAACAACAACAACAAGCUUAUGGUUCAAAUACAAGAUUAGAUGAUCCUUAUAGAAUUAAAAAUUCAAAUGCAAGUUCUAAUUCUUUAGGUUCAAAUGGUACUAGAGGAGGUGUAUCACAAUCAUCAAAUACUGCACCAUAUCCAACUCAAACAUCAGGUUCAAUUCCAAAUGGAUUACAAGCUCCACAUGAUCCAUAUGCUAAAUUUAAACAAGAUUCAAAUGAACGUUUAAAUACAUAUUUAGAUGAUGAUGAUGAUUUUGAAGAAGAUUUCAAUAGAGGUAUUUCAGCAUUAUCAAUUAAUGAUAAUAAAAAAUCAACAAAUGAUGAUAUUUUCAAUCCAGAUUAUCAUGGAGCUUCACAAGUUAAUCGUUCAGUUGAAAAUUUUGGACAAAAUGAACCAACUAUCAAAGUUCAAACUCCAAGUAAACCAUUACCAGUUCCAAAUAUUAAAAUUGAUCAAGCUUCACCAUAUACAAGUGGUCGUAUAAAUACAAGUACACCAAGUUCACCAGUUACUAACUCUAUACAAAGAUCAAAUGAAAGUUUUAAUCAACCACCAAGACAACCAAAUGUUGCAACAUCUGGUUUAUCAAAAUCUCCAGCUCAAAGAUUUACUCCAUUAAAUCAACCAGCUCCACCUCAACAUCAACAAUCAACACCAGCUCCUCAACAACCACAAUUUCAACAAAAACAACAACCUGUUCAACAUAGACCUCCUCCACCUCAACAACAACAACAACAACAACCACAGCAACAAGUUCCACCUCAACAACAUUCUUAUCCACCUCAACAACAAUAUCAACAAAGACCUCCACCACCAAAACAAGGAAAUCCACCACAACAAUACCAACAAAGACCUCCACCACAACAACAAGGUUAUCCACCUCAAGGUUAUAAUGGUCCACCUCCUCAACAACAAUACGGUGCACCACCUCCUCAACAAAGUUAUCCUCAACAAGGCUAUCCUCCACAAGGUGGUUAUAGAGGUGGUCCUCCUCCUCAACAUCAACAACAAGGUUAUCCACCACAAGGACCAAGACCUCAACAACCUCAAGGUAUACCGAGAGCUCAAUAUGGUUAUGGUUCAUCACAAUCAAUCCCACAACAAGGUGGUUAUCCUCCACAAGGUCCAAGACCUCCACAACAACAACAACCUCAAGCUCAACAACCAUAUGGACAAUACCCACCACCACAACAGCAACAGCAACCACAACGUAAACCUAUAAAUCCAUAUGGUGGUACUUCAACAGCAGCUGCUGCAUCUGCAGCUAAUUCAAAUCCAUAUUCUCAAGGAAAUCCUUAUUCUAGAUAA